GCAGAGGUAAGAAAACUGAAUAAAACAAACCAUGUCUAUGUCCUACAUUGUCCUCUGUUGUCUUGGAGAUGCUUGGCUUAUCUCAAAGUAGGACCCAUACCUUAGUGAUGAGGCUGAUACCGUUCCUUCUUUCCUCCACCUUGUGGUCUUGGUGUUUACUCAGUAUGCCUCAGGCCGCUGGCCAGUGGUCAAAGAGCAUAGGCUGGGGAGGCGCAGGCAACGGCAAGAGGAGUAUGGACGCCAGGGGCAGCAGUGAGUUCCGCAUUAUAGGGCGCCCUGAUUUUUCUGGCUUCUCCAUUCAGUUAUUCACGCAAGACCAACGCCUUGAUGGGCAAAUUCCAUUGCCCAGUUGGAAUCACAAGCACCUAGAUGGACAAGACCCAAUGUCCAGUUGGAGUGACGACGAUCAACACCUCGAUGGACCAAACAGAGGACCCAGUUGGAAUCACGAGGACCGACAUCUUCAUGGACGCGACAAAAUGUCCAGUUGGUCUCGCGACGCUCAACUCCUCGAUGAACAGGACAGAAUGUCCAGUUUGAAUAACGAAGACCUACACCUCGAUGGGCAGGACCCAAAGUCCAGUCGGAGUGAUGAGUCUGUAGAAAAUGACAACACGAAAAUAUUCCUAUUGGUAAGUAUGGAUUGA